CUCACAGCGCCUUGAUCCGGAAGGCCGCGCGGCGCGCCGGCGGCUGCCCGCACGCGAGCCACGCACGACGCGACCGCCGCGGCGGCGCCCAGACGCACGCUACCCGGCUCCUGCGGCGCCAUGGCGGCGACGGGCGGCGUGCGCGCGAUGCAGUCGACGGUGACGGUCCACACGCAGCCCAGCAUGGCCCGGCCGGGGUCGCCGGAGCAGUGGGGCUUCGGGGCCUCGCUGGCGUCGGUGCGGCCGGGGUCGCCGUACGAGCAGUGGGGGUCGCCGGAGCAGCCGGCCGCGGGCGACUCGUUCGAGCAGUGGGGCUACUCGCUGGCGUCGGCGGCGCGGCGCCGGGCGCCGUCGCCGGGGCCGCGGCCGGCGUCGCCCGGCGCCUCGCCGGGGCGGCCGCGGUCGCCGGACCCCUGGGCGUACCUCCGGCCCGACUCGCCCCAGAACCUACGCAUCGCGUCGGUCCAGGCGCGGGCCGCCGCCGAGGCCGCGCCGUCGCCGGCGAAGCCGUCCUUCGGCGCGGCGCCGCCCCCGCGGCGGCGGUCCUUCGCGGCGCCGUCGGCGGCGAAGACGACGACCGCCGAGCUCGCGGCCAAGUCCCAGUGCUUCGCGCGGCCGGACCUCAACCUGAAAAAGGUUUGCCAGGUCGUGCCGCGCGACGCCGCGGCGGAGCGCGAGGCGCGGCGCCUCGCGCACCGGCGCGCGCGGCACGCCGAGGCGGUCGCGCGCGACGCCGACGCGUGCCGGGCCCGGGGCGGCGUCCUCGCGACGAUGCUCAAGGCCUCCGACGAGGCGGCGCUCUCGCCGACCUACAAGACGGAACUCAGGCUGUUCCGGGGCGGCUUCGAGGAGGAGGGCGCCGCCGUCGCGGCGAAGCAAAACCGCCGGCGCGGCCUCGGGGCGAAGCUCCGGGCCGCCGGGCAGGCCGUCCUCGCGUCCGUGCUCAUCGCGGACGACGCGCACCGGGCGGCGCGCCGGCGCGACCCGAGGCGGGAGGCCGCGGAGUUCAUGGAGCGGCAGCGCGGCGGCGCGAAGAAGCUCGGGGCCGACGGCGACGCGGCCAAGGCGCAGCGCGCCGCGCGCGCCGCGGACGAGGCCGCGGCGCAGGCGUCGAUGCGCCGCGGCGGCGACUGGCUCCGCCUCGAGGGCCUCCGCGCGCGCGAGAAGGCCGGCAAGCCGCUCGACGACGUCGACGCGAAGAUGCUGCGCCGCCUCGAGGCCAAGCACGACGGCGCCGUCUUCGCCGCCGCGCGGCUGCGUGGAAUUAAGGAGCGCGAGGCGGCCGAGGCCGCGCGCGCCCGGCGCCUGGCCUCGAUGAAGCGCCGCGACGAGAAGAUCCAGCUCCAGCGGAAGCUCGAGAAGCAGAAGCGGUGGAGCCGCGUGCGCCGCUUCUUCGGCGCGGGCAAGCGCGCGCCGCGGCGCGUGCCCCGCGGCGACGGCGACGAGUCGACGGUCGCGCCGACGGUCGCGUCGGCGAAGACGUUCGACGUGGCGCCCUCGAACGCCGCGACGGUCGCGUCGUCGAACUCCGGCGGCCACUCCGGCGGCCACUCCGGCGGCCACUCCGGCGACGCGACGGUCGCCUCGUCGCAAAACCUGGGCGACCUCUCGCCGCUCACCGCUGCGCCGACCAUCUCGUUCGACGCGUUCUUCGACGCCGACGGGGAAUCGGUCCAGAGUCCCUUCAACCGGGGCUAA